GGCCGGGUCAAUUUUUGCUGAGCGCAUUUGGAUUCCAAUCGAAGCGCUUUAAGAACGAGAUAGAGGAGAGCUCCGUGAGUGAGCCUUUAAGAUUCCAGAGCUCUAAACCUCAAAGAACUUGGUGUACAUCAUUGAUUCCUCCUGUGACCUCAAUGGAGGGAUAUGUGGCUGUCCACCUGCCCAUCACUACUCUCGUUGACGGCCCGUCUUGGCAGGUAUUGCUGACGACGCGAGUAAGUACUUGAUUACGAGGCUGCUGCAUCCUUCACACUCUUCUGGAUGAACACCUAGUUGCGUGUGUCAGCAUCAUCAAAUGACCACCCCCAAUCUGUACACCAAGGGCUUACGGGGAUGGUUAAGCUACGCUUUUGCCAGCGAAGUCUUCGUCAUCGUGUCCCUCACUCUCUUCCUUCCAAUCUGUCUUGAGCAAUUCGCUCGGGAUAAUGGCCGAUUGACACCUGCACGCACCGAGCCUUGUGUUUCCGCAUCUCCCGUCCCGAUUGAAGCUGGUGGACGAUGUGUCGUUCAGAUCGGUUGGUUCUGGAUCGACACUGCAAGCUUCAGCCUCUAUGUCUACUCGUUCUCUGUGGCCAUGCAAGCCCUAACGGUGAUCUCAAUGGGCGGUAUCGCAGAUCACCCUCCUCACCGCAAGAUGCUCUUGUUGACUUUUGCGUUCUUCGGGUCAAUUGGGGCUAUCCUCUUCCUGGCACUCUCGUCCACUUCACCGUUCUGGGCCCUGUCUGCUUUAUUCGCCUGUGUCGCAAAUGUUGGAUUUGGUGCCUCGGUUGUUGCCAUGAACUCUUAUCUCCCUUCCUUGGCCAAGGAGGCUCCUGAGGUCGUUAGACUGCGGCAGGAGAUUGAAGAUUCAACCAGGGAGGAUCUGUCUGAAAAUGGCACAGAGCAAGAUGCGCUACUGAAUCAUACACCUUCAAAAGCCCUUCUAUCACAAUACGACGCCGAGCUCUCGAGAACAACGGCGAGGAUAUCUUCUCUCGGUAUCGCCAUUGGAUAUGGCUCAGGGAUAUGUCUAUUGGCUGUGGCCAUCAUACCUGUCACUAUGCUGCGCGGCUCGACAUUCUCUUUGCGCCUUGCUAUCGGGCUCAGCGGGAUCUGGUGGGCAGUGUUCACUCUCCCUGCAGCCGUCUGGUUACCUGGUGCGGCCUCGGUUCCUGCAGAGUCUGCCGAGCUGGAGGAUGAGCGCAAGUGGAGCUUCUGGCGAGAAAUUGGUGCUGCAUGGAAGCGUCUAGGCGGAAUGAUUCAUCCCAGAGAAAUCAAGCGCUUACGCAACACCUUCAAAUACCUUGCUGCAUGGUUUCUGUUGUCGGACGGAUUCACAACUAUCACUUCGACUGCGGUCUUAUUCGCUAAAACGACGCUGCACAUGGAGCCUUCUAAACUGAUUUUAGUAGGCGUCCUGACACCACUGUCGGGAAUCGCGGGCUCCCUAGCCUGGCCCAUGCUACAGCGCAAGUUGGGUUGGUCAAACCUGCGUGUGAUCAUCACCCUAGUGAUGAUGGCAUCUGCUGUGCCCGUCUACGGAUGUCUGGGAUUCCUGAGCAUCUUCCGUGGGUCGUCCUUCGGAGGUUUGACAACACCCAACGAGAUGUUUGUCCUUGCUCUCUACUUCGGAUCAAUCUAUGGUGCUUUCCAGAGCUUUGCGCGAGCAUUCUACGCUGAACUUUUGCCGCCUGGCGAAGAGGCGCGAUGGUAUGGUCUAUUCUCUAUCACAGACAAGUCCAGCUCUUUCAUCGGUCCUUUGAUUGUUGGUCUGAUAUCGGACACUACCGGUAAUAUUCGAUUUGCAUUCUUCUUCCUGGUAUUUAUGAUCUGGGCUGCUGUGCCUGUACUUAUGAGCGUUGAUGUCGAGCAAGGCCGGAAGGAUGCUAGAGAGUACAAAUACGCAACUUCGUAGGAUACGAAACCAAUUGUACCACGGAUCAAGCAACUCGGAUCAGAUGAUGAACACGCUAUGACGUCGUAGCCUGCUACAAUACAUGCAUCGUU